CGAGCUGCCGCUGCCAUGCCUCCGCGCGCGCCGCCUGCGCCCCGGCCCCGGCCGCCGCCCCGGGCCGCCGCCGCCGCCGCCGCCGCCGCGGGCGCACGGGGCGAGGGGGGCGCCGGCGGGCGCGGGUUCCGGCCACUCGCGCCGCGUCCCUGGCGCUGGCUGCUGCUGCUCGCGCUGCCCGCCGCCUGCUCCGCGCCGCCGCCGCCGCGCCCCGUCUACACCAACCACUGGGCAGUGCAAGUGCUGGGCGGCCCGGCCGCGGCGGACCGCGUGGCCGCGGCGCACGGCUACCUCAACUUGGGCCAGAUUGGCAACCUGGAGGACUACUACCAUUUCUACCACAGCAAAACCUUUAAGAGAUCGACCCUGAGUAGCAGAGGCCCUCACACCUUCCUCAGAAUGGACCCCCAGGUGAAGUGGCUGCAGCAGCAGGAAGUGAAGCGCCGGGUGAAGAGGCAGGUGCGGAGCGACUCGCAGGCACUCUACUUCAACGACCCCAUCUGGUCCAACAUGUGGUACAUGCACUGUGGCGACAGGAACAGCCGCUGCCGGUCGGAAAUGAACGUGCAGGCAGCCUGGAAGAGGGGCUACACGGGGAAGAACGUGGUGGUCACCAUCCUGGAUGAUGGCAUAGAGCGCAAUCACCCUGACCUGGCCCCCAACUAUGACUCCUAUGCAAGCUAUGACGUCAACGGGAACGAUUAUGACCCGUCCCCGCGGUACGACGCCAGCAAUGAGAAUAAACACGGCACUCGCUGUGCGGGAGAAGUCGCUGCUUCAGCCAACAACUCGUACUGCAUCGUGGGCAUAGCGUACAACGCGAAAAUCGGAGGCAUCCGCAUGCUGGACGGCGACGUCACGGACGUGGUGGAGGCCAAGUCGCUGGGCAUCCGCCCCAACUACAUCGACAUCUACAGCGCCAGCUGGGGCCCGGACGACGACGGGAAGACGGUGGACGGGCCUGGCCGCCUGGCUAAGCAGGCUUUCGAGUACGGCAUUAAAAAGGGCCGGCAGGGCCUGGGCUCCAUUUUUGUCUGGGCGUCUGGGAAUGGCGGGAGAGAAGGGGACUACUGCUCCUGUGACGGCUACACCAACAGCAUCUACACCAUCUCUGUGAGCAGCACCACCGAGAACGGGUACAAGCCCUGGUACCUGGAAGAGUGCGCCUCCACCCUGGCCACCACCUAUAGCAGCGGGGCCUUUUAUGAGCGGAAAAUCGUCACCACGGAUCUGCGCCAGCGCUGCACAGAUGGCCACACUGGGACCUCCGUCUCGGCCCCCAUGGUGGCAGGCAUCAUUGCCCUGGCUCUAGAAGCAAACAGCCAGCUGACCUGGAGGGAUGUCCAGCACCUGCUAGUGAAGACCUCCCGGCCGGCCCACCUCAAGGCAAGCGACUGGAAGGUCAACGGUGCCGGGCACAAAGUUAGCCAUCUCUAUGGAUUCGGCUUGGUGGAUGCAGAAGCUCUGGUUCUCGAAGCCAAGAAGUGGACAGCAGUGCCCUCCCAGCACAUGUGUGUGGCCACCGUGGACAAGAGGCCCAGGAGCAUCCCGGUAGUGCAGGUGCUACGCAGCACGGCCCUGACCAGUGCCUGCGCCGACCACUCGGACCAGCGCGUGGUCUACCUGGAACACGUGGUGGCUCGCAUCUCCAUCUCGCACCCGCGCCGGGGAGACCUUCAGAUCCACCUGAUCUCUCCCUCAGGAACCAAGUCUCAGCUCCUGGCCAAGAGGCUGCUGGAUCAUUCCAACGAAGGGUUCACAAACUGGGAGUUCAUGACCGUCCACUGCUGGGGAGAAAAGGCUGAUGGGGAAUGGACCUUGGAGAUCCAAGACAUGCCGUCCCAGGUCCGCAACCCGGAGAAGCAAGGGAAGUUGAAAGAAUGGAGCCUCAUUUUGUACGGCACAGCCGAGCACCCGUACCACACCUUCAGCGCCCAUCAGUCCCGCUCGCGGAUGCUGGAGCUCUCAGCCCCGGAGCUGGAGCCCCCCAAGGCUGCCGUGUCACCAUCGCAGGCCGAGGGCCCUGAGGACGAAGAGGACUACACAGCUCCUUCCACCCAAGGCUCUCCUAAUAUUUUACAGACCAGUGUGUGCCAUCCGGAGUGCGGCAACAAGGGCUGCGACGGCCCCGGUGCAGACCAAUGCCUGAACUGCGUGCACUUCAGCCUGGGCAACUUCAAGACCAGCAGGAAGUGCGUCAGCGCAUGCCCUUUGGGCUACUUUGGGGACACCGCAGCGAGACGCUGUCGCCGCUGCCACAAGGGAUGUGAGACGUGCUCGGGCAGGAGCCCCACGCAGUGCCUGUCUUGCCGGCGCGGCUUCUAUCACCACCAGGAGAUGAACACCUGUGUGACCCUCUGUCCUGCUGGGUUUUACGCUGAUGAAAGUCAGAAAAAUUGCCUGAAAUGCCACCCGAGCUGUAAGAAGUGCGUGGAUGAGCCUGAGAAGUGCACCGUGUGCAAGGACGGGUUCAGCCUCGCACGGGGCAGCUGCAUUCCCGACUGUGAACCAGGCACCUACUUUGAUUCUGAGCUGAUCCAGUGUGGGGAAUGCCACCACACCUGCCGAACCUGCGUGGGGCCCAGCAGAGAAGAGUGCAUUCACUGUGCGCAACACUUCCACUUCCAAGACUGGAAAUGUGUGCCAGCCUGUGGCGAGGGCUUCUACCCAGAGGAGAUGCCGGGCUUGCCCCACAAAGUGUGUCGCAGGUGUGACGAGAACUGCUUGAGCUGCGCGGGCUCCAGCAGGAACUGCAGCAGGUGCAAGGCCGGCUUCACGCAGCUGGGGAGCUCCUGCAUCAGCAACCACACGUGCAGCAACGCCGACGAGACCUUCUGUGAGAUGGUGAAGUCCAACCGGCUGUGUGAGCGGAAGCUUUUCAUUCAGUUCUGCUGCCGCACGUGCCUCCUGGCCGGCUAGGGGGUGCUGGCUGCCGCAGAGGGUGGGCCCCCGGCCGGCCAGCCGUCUGUCCGUCCACCCUCCUCCAGACUGUCGGCCAGAGCCUGUGGCAAGGCGGCGCCCUGCCCUCACAGCUUUAUCUCCCCAGGAGCCGGGUCUUUGCAGCGUCACUGGGCACCCAGAUCAGGUGGGCGGCGGUGCUCAAGGAGGGCUGUGUCCUCCCGGCUCCCCUUCUGGCCAGCUCGGAACGGGAACAGAAGGAAUUCCAGGAAUAAACAGCUCCGGCUACUCUGCAGCCACUUCUGGGAUCCUGUUUACCGAACCUUCAAGACCAAAGCAGAACGAAAAGAUGCCCGGCCUCACAGGUCGUCCUGUCCCGCGUGGGCUUCCGUGCGGCUUGGUGGUGAGCUGUCCGGCCAGCAACCGCAGAGCCCUGGCUGCCCGUGGGCACUGCUCCACACCUGCUGCUGAGCCUGGGGGCGGUUUGGUCAGACUGUAAAUAAAAUUGGUUUGGGGGCAUAAAAUCUGUGACCACUGGAGAUGGCGUGUGUCUUUCUGCACAGUCAGCUCCUUCAGAAACCGCGGCCGUGGCUUAGAGUCCAAUUGCACACGUGGAUCAGGAGAUGGUUCCAGUCUGCAGUGUUCUCCCCGCGUUCUCCCGGUGCCUCUGGGAGUCUCGUGGCCCUGGACAACCACCUGUCCCUGGUGCAGAGCCUUCCGAGGAGGAGCCAAAGGAGGCAGCCGGGGCCAGCCAGCAGGUGCCCCGACCGCGCCAUUCCUCUUGGCGAAACGCCAAGGCAGCCCCUCAGUUGUCAGUCAUCCGUCACUUCCUGUUUUAUGGGCUCGUUUUUAAAACACCUUUGGCUGCUCCUAGGAGACUCGUUGUCAAGGUGGGCGCACCUGUGUCUUUGUCUAUUACCUGCCUACGUGACCCGGUUGGCUUUAUUGCUGCCAAACCUAUGUAGGCAUUUUAUAAGCUACAUGUCCUAAUUUUUACCGAUGUUAAUUAUUUUGACAAAUAUUUCAUAUAUUUUCAUUGAAAUGCACAGAUCUGCUCGAUCAGUUCCCUUGAAUAGGGGAGUAACAUUUGCCUUAAAUUUUUUCGGCCUCGUCUUUCUCCGUCUCGUCCUGCUCCCCCUUGGACCACAGUGCAUUUGCCUCGUCACCUGUGAGCUGGGGAGGGGGGAUUCCAGCUGUGGUUCAUUGAAUCCACAACUCCGGAACAGAAAUCAACAAAGCAAAUACAGUGUUAACCUUAAAUUAAUAAAAGAGUUAACAUCCGUGGCAAA